CAGAUCUAUCAAAGAGAAGAGACUUUCUUACCGGAAAAUUGCCGUUGCGGCAAAGAUUUAUUCCCAGAGCCGAUUGCCUACCGACACAACACAAGCAUCCGGACUCUGAAGGCUGUUGGUGUUGAAGAAAUGGAAGCUGAAAAGGAGCGCUUUCUUAAACUAAGGCAAGUUCUGCUUCUCUUUGUUAUGCUGUCUCAGACUUGCGCGGAGAGGAACGUUUAUACUGUAGCAGAAGAAACAGAAAGCGGUUCUUUUGUGGCCAAUCUAGCAAAGGACCUAGGGCUAGGAGUAAGAGAAAUAUCCCGGCGGAGGGCUCGGGUUAUUUUUAACAAUAACAAAAAAUAUUUUCAGCUAAACCUUCAGACCGCAGACCUUCAAGUAAAUGAGAAACUGGAUCGGGAAGAAAUGUGUGGCACCACUGAGCCUUGUGUGCUGCAAUUCCAGGUGUUACUGGAAGAACCUUUGGAGAUAUAUAGGUUUAAACUUCUGGUCAGUGACAUAAAUGACAAUUCCCCUGUGUUCCCAGAAGGAGAAAUGAUUUUGAAAAUCAUGGAAAAUACUCCUCCAGGAACUAUAUUUCCUCUGAUAAAUGCACAAGAUUUGGAUGUGGGCAUCAAUAACAUUCAAAACUACAUCAUCUACCCCAACUCCCAUGUCCACGUUCUCACCCAAAAUGGCAGUGAAGGCAGAAAAUACCCAGAGCUGGUUCUGGACAAAGCCCUGGAUCGGGAGGAGCAGUCUGAGCUCAGGUUAACUCUCAUGGCAGUAGAUGGUGGGGCUCCUCCCAGAACUGGGACUGCUCUGGUCCUCAUUGAAAUCUUGGACAUCAAUGACAAUGCACCUGAGUUUGUACAGCCACUCUAUCAGGUGCAGGUCUCAGAAAACAGCCCCCUGGAAUCCCUUGUUGCCACUGUUUCUGCUAGAGAUUUAGACAUGGGAAUUAAUGGUGAAAUAUUCUACUCAUUUUUUUAUGGUGAUGAAGAGAUUUCCAAGACAUUUGCACUUAAUGAACGAACGGGAGAAAUUAAAAUAAUCAGAAAAUUAGAUUUUGAAAAAACUGUGGCAUAUGAGGUAGAUAUAAAAGCCUCUGAUAGGGCAGGUCUUUCUGGAAAAUGCACUGUCAAAAUACAGGUGGUAGAUAUCAACGAUAACGCCCCAGAACUGACCAUGGCUUCAUUCAGAAGCUCCAUCCCCGAAAAUUCUCCCGAGACCACGGUAGCUCUUUUCAGCAUUCAAGACAGAGAUUCCGGGGAAAAUGGAAGAAUAGUUUGCUCAAUUCAAAAUGAUGUUCCAUUCAUACUGAAACCGUCCGUUGAGAAUUUCUACAUGUUGUUAACAGAAGGACCACUGGACAGAGAGAUUAGAGCCGAAUACAACAUCACCAUCACAGCCACGGACCUGGGGACUCCUAGGCUGAAAACCGAGCACGGCAUAACCGUGCUGAUCUCUGACGUCAACGACAACGCCCCCGCCUUCACACAAACCUCCUACACCCUGUUCGUCCGCGAGAACAACAGCCCCGCCCUGCACAUCGGCAGCGUCAGCGCCACAGACAGAGACUCAGGCAGCAACGCCCAGGUCACCUACUCGCUGCUGCCGCCCCAGGACCCGCACCUGCCCCUCGCCUCCCUGGUCUCCAUCAACGCGGACAACGGACAGCUGUUCGCCCUCCGGGCGCUGGACUACGAGGCCCUGCAGGCGUUCGAGUUCCGCGUGGGCGCCACAGACCGCGGCUCCCCGGCGCUGAGCAGCGAGGCGCUGGUGCGCGUGCUGGUGCUGGACGCCAACGACAACUCGCCCUUCGUGCUGUACCCGCUGCAGAACGGCUCCGCGCCCUGCACCGAGCUGGUGCCCCGGGCGGCCGAGCCGGGCUACCUGGUGAGCAAGGUGGUGGCGGUGGACGGCGACUCGGGCCAGAACGCCUGGCUGUCGUUCCAGCUGCUCAAGGCCACGGAGCCCGGGCUGUUCGGCGUGUGGGCGCACAAUGGCGAGGUGCGCACCGCCAGGCUGCUGAGCGAGCGCGACGCGGCCAAGCACAGGCUGGUGGUGCUGGUCAAGGACAAUGGCGAGCCCCCGCGCUCGGCCACCGCCACGCUGCACGUGCUCCUGGUGGACGGCUUCUCCCAGCCCUACCUGCCGCUCCCGGAGGCGGCCCCGACCCAGGCCCAGGCCGAUUCGCUCACCGUCUACCUGGUGGUGGCGUUGGCCUCGGUGUCGUCGCUCUUCCUGUUCUCGGUGCUCCUGUUCGUGGCGGUGCGGCUGUGCAGGAGGAGCAGGGCGGCGUCGGUGGGUCGCUGCUCAGUGCCCGAGGGUCCCUUUCCAGGGCAUCUGGUGGACGUGAGCGGCACCGGGACCCUGUCCCAGAGCUACCAGUACGAGGUGUGUCUGUCGGGAGGUUCUGGGACAAAUGAGUUCAAAUUCCUGAAGUCUGUUAUCCCUGAGUAUUUGAACACUGUAAAUGACGGGAGGGAAACUCCAACUUUGUAAAUUGUUUUGGAUUCAAUUAGGAAUCUGUAGAUUUUUCAGAGUAUUUAGGAUAAAGUUUAGUUCUUU